AACUCAGAAAAAACUAAAUUAAAACAGACGAACAACAGUACCGUGUAUUAUGUUUAUCAGAGAAGUUUAGAUUUCAUUAAAAUAGAAGUGAUAUUUUUGUCCCAGUUCGACCUUUGCAUGUUCCCAAUGUGGUGGUAUAUUUGAAGUGUAAAAUUCAAUAAUUGUCCGAUCGAUCAUAAAAACUCCUAACAUUAUUUAGUGUUUAUCAAAAACAACAGGUUAGAAUUUCAAGUGUAAAAUCAUAAUAUAAAAUAAUAAUAUAAUGGAAGAAUACACGCGAGAACCUUGUCCCUGGAGAAUCGUAGACGACUGUGGAGGCGCUUUCACAAUGGGAUUGAUUGGAGGAGGAGUUUUCCAAAGUAUAAAAGGAUUCAGAAAUGCCCCUUCAGGAAUCAACAGAAGACUUAUUGGUAGUGUAACUGCAAUUAAACAGAGAUCUCCUAUAAUUGCUGGUAAUUUUGCAGUAUGGGGAGGAAUGUUUUCAACCAUAGACUGUGCCCUAAUCCACAUAAGAAAGAAGGAAGAUCCUUGGAAUUCCAUUAUCAGUGGAGCAGCAACAGGAGGUAUACUAGCGGCAAGAAAUGGUCUUCCAGCAAUGGCAGGCAGCGCCUUUAUUGGGGGUGUGCUUUUAGCUUUAAUAGAAGGUGUCGGUAUACUAUUUACCAGACUUUCUGCCGAACAGUUUCAGCCCCAACUUCCCCCUAUGGAAGAUCCCUCAGUUUUAGGAGAACAACAGUCAAACAACCAGGGUAGUUAUUCUUUUCAAUAGAAUCAUUUUUAUUAGUCUGUUAUAUAGUUUUAAAUUAAUUAAACAUUACAAUAAAAAUUAUAC